UCGUUUCCACCUGUAGCAUACCUGUUGCCUCUUUUUGUUCCUUUCAGGUCGAGACCACUGAAGCAGUAAAGUGUUCAUUUAACCUGACUGAAACCAGCGCCAAUACGGAUUCUAUUGCACUGAAAUUAAUAACAACAGGAGACGCGUGUAACUUCACCGUGUUUUGUGAGACCAGUCGGUCCGAUAUAACGGAUUGUUAUCAAAAUGGGGAGUACACUAACGUGUAUAUCUGCGAUAUAAGGGAUUUGGAACCAGGAACAUUACACCAAUUCGAAGUUAUAUCGAAGAAUGAUGGAGAGAGGGGCAACGUAUCAGUGCGAACAGACCCAGUGGGUCCAUCCAGGUUGGACGUACUACCAGACCAGGUCCAGGCAACCCAGUAUAAGAGUCCUAUUCAGGCUCCCUCAGCAGUCAGCGGCCUCCAGCUCUCACCCUCCUCCAGCAGCCUGGGUGUUUCCUGGCAGCCCGGUCCAGGCAGGAGAGAGGGUUUCAGGGUGCUACUGAGGGAGCAGCAGGGCGCCCUAGUCAGGAACGUCACCCUUAAGAGUAGUGUCACCUCCCACACCCUUGACGACCUGUUGCCUGGGACCCUGUACACUGUCACCGUGGUGACUGAGGCUGAAGGCCUCCAGAACGCCAUCUCCAAACAAGCAGUCACAGUUCCUGUGGCGGUAACAGACCUCUUCUUGGAGAACCACGGCAGUCUGGACACCCUGAGGGCCUCCUGGGUCAAUGCUAGGGGCGGCGUGGAUGCAUACCUGGUCUCCCUGGCAACCCUAGGCUCAGCCAACCAGGACAGGAAGCUUCCCCCCAACACCACUGAGGUGGUCUUCAGCGGCCUGACCCCUGGACGGCCCUAUCAGGUGACUGUGAGGUCAAAGGUCGGAGAGCAGACAACUGAGGCAGUGGCCACAGGCAGAACAGUGCCAGACAAGGUGUCUCAGCUGUCCAUGGUGGGCGUCAUUGGUGGCAGCACUCUGAAGAGUACAUGGUCGCCCCCUAGAGGGGACUGGGAGAACUACCGUGUCCUGCUACUGAACGGCACGGUGGCUCUAGUCAAUGAGACAGUGAGCAGGCUGGUUAGACAGUACUCCUUCUCUGUAGCUUCCUUGGGGCUGGUGCCUGGCAGGCUCUACACAGCUCAGGUCAUGGUGGAGAGUGGUCUGUUUGGCAACACCGCUCAAUGUCAGGGGAGGCUAGCCCCUCGGCCUGUCCAGCAGCUGAUGGUCCGUCACGGUGAUGAAACGUCUCUGAGCGUGCUGUGGUCUCGCCCCGCGGGGGUGUGGGACGGGUACACCGUGCUCUUGAGACAGCGGGACACUGUUGUGUCACAGAGGACACUGUCCCGUGACGCCAGGGAGUGCACAUUCAACGUCCUCAUGCCCGGACGCCAGUACGCCAUCGCCGUCACGACCAACAGUGGGGGCCUAAACAGCUCGGCUUCAGUGAUUGGACGAACCACCCCGGCGCAGGUGACCAGUCUGCGUGUGACCAACGGUGGCAGCACAGACAGCCUCCAAACCCAGUGGGAGCGGGCGGCCGGCGAGCUGGACUCGUACCGUGUGCUGCUCAUCCACGACAGCAGUGUGAUCAAGAACGAGAGCACCCCAGCCCACACCACGGCCUACAGCUUCCUGGCGCUGAAGCCUGGAGCCCUCUACAGGGUGGUGGUCACCACUGUCAGGGCCGGACAAGCCUCCAGGCAGAGCGUGGCAGAGGGAAGCACAGUCCCUGCUGCUGUAGGUGAUGUGACAGUCAGUAACAACGGUCGUAUGGACUUCCUCAGUGUGUCGUGGCGACCAGCCCAAGGCAACGUGGAUAGUUACCUGGUCACCCUGAAGGACCGCGAGAGGACCGUCCACACCCUGGUCGUGUCCAAGUCCAGCCCUGAGUGUGUGUUCAAGUCCCUGGUGUCUGGACGGCUCUAUAACAUCUCUAUCGUCUCCCGCAGUGGAGUCUACGAAAACCACACCAUCGUGCAGGAACGCACACAGCCCUCUAGUGUCCAAAACCCCACAGCGAUCCACUCGGCCAGGGAUGACUACCUGAAGGUGUACUGGCGCCAUGCGGCCGGGGACUUUGACUACUACCAGGUGGUCAUCAAGCACAACAACAUCUUCCACCAGAACAAGACAGUUACGAAGAGCCAGAACGAGUGUGUGUUCAACGGCCUGGUGCCCGGGAGACUCUACACGGUCAUCGUCAGCACCUGGAGCGGAAAGUAUGAGACCAGCAUGUCCACAGACGGAAGGACCUUCCCUGCGGCGGUGAGAUCACUAGCUCUGGCUGGGCGGGGCACGGAGGACCUUCGUGUCACCUGGUUGGCUGCUCUGGGGGAUGUGGAUCACUACGAGGUGCAGCUCCUCUUCAACGACAUGAAGGUGUUCCCACCCAUCACCCUUGGCAGCAGUGCGGGGGCGUGUGUCCUGUCCUCCCUCACCCCGGGACGCCUGUAUAAGAUCCACGUUUCCACCUUCAGCGGACCCAACCAGAGGGCCCAGUUCAUAGAGGGCAGGACAGUUCCCAGCAAGGUCAAGAACAUCCACGUGAGCAACAAUGGGCAGAGCAACAGCCUGAAGAUCAGCUGGACGCCGGGGCAGGGUGACGUAGACAGCUACUCUGUGUCGUUGUCACUGGACGGGCCAGAGGGACGCAUGCUGGAGACGCGACCCGUACCCAAACACCCAAAUCAGCUGGGGUUCAACUCCCUGCAGCCUGGGCAGCUGUACAGUGUGACUGUAAGGUCUAUCAGUGGUAUACUGUUGAACAACAACACGGCCAGCGGACGCACCGUCCCCUCUGCAGUGACGGGCCUGCAGGCUGACAACAGACACACCACCUGCAGUAUUCAGGUGAGCUGGCAGGAGGCCCGGGGAGUGGCGGACGGCUACAGCCUGCAGCUGCUGGACGACAGGGGACACCUGGUCACCAACAGCUCCCAGGCCUCCUCUGGGUCCACUCCGCUCCAGCACCACUUCGACGGCCUCACCCCGGGGAAGAGGUACCACGUCCUGGUCCACACCACCAGCGGAGGGGUCCGCAGUGAGGGGGUCACCGCUGAAGCACGCACGCGUCCGGCAGCAGUUAGCGACCUCUCCAUCCGGGCCAACAGCAGCAGCAGCCUGUUGUUCCACUGGUCUCCCCCAGAGGGAGAGUUGGAAGGUUACGACCUCUACCUGUACAAUGGAGACGACACCCUGUACGACCGGCGCAGCGGCCAGCCUAACACGCUGCAGGUCUCCUUCCAGGGCCUGAGGCCUGGUGCCUCCUACAGGAUGGUGGUGUUAACACGCAGCGGAGAGCAGACCAAUGACUCGGCUAUCUGGGCCAGGACUGUCCCUGCUGCAGUGACGUCUCUGCAGGCCCGAAGUCGUCCCCAGUCGGAGGAGCUCUGGGUGUCGUGGGAGCGUGCAGUGGGGGAGCUGAGCGGCUACCUGCUGUCUGUCUACAACCCAGAUGGCUCCCAGCAGGCAGAGGAGGCUCUAGGGCCCGACGCCACGGAGCAUGCCGUCCCCACGCUGAUCCCCGGGCGCCUCUACCAUGCUGUCAUCCUCACCCGCAGUGGAGAGCUCACAAACAGGGCCACCACUCAGGGCAGGACCGCCCCCAGACCCCCUACCUCUGUGUCAUUCGGCGGGGUCACCAACACUUCACUGGAACUGACCUGGAGUGGUCCUGCAGGCAGCGACUACGACGACUUUGACCUGCAGUGGGAACCGCGGGACCACCUGUCUGUGUUCAACCCCUACCAUACCCGGACCUCCGGCAGCCGCAUCCUUAAGGGCCUGUACCCCGGGCGCUUGUACAACUUCAGCCUGCGUACUGUCAGUGGGGCUGUUGGUGGUGUUGGUGAGGAUGGGAGCCCUGCCUACAGCCUGCCCAUCCACAAGAGCAUCCGAACCAAGCCAGAGCGUGUUCAGUACCUACACUGCCGCCCCCAGAGCUCCACCUCCAUCUCCUGCUCCUGGGGCCCCCCGGAGGCCGACUGUGACUCCUACACCAUUGAGUGCCUCCACCAGGACUCCCGCACCCUGGUGUACUCCCGGCGUACGGGCCGCGACAGCACCCUCUACCACAUCACCCAGCUGGAGCCGCACAAACGCUACACCGUCUCCAUCAAGGCUAUCUCCGACAGCAUGACCAGCGAGGCCGCUGAGGAUAGCGUGGUCACCAUGAUCGACCGCCCUCCCCUCCCUUCCCUCAGCACCCGGGUUAACAACAGGGCUGCUCUCAUCACCAAAAACACCAUCUUCUUCAAGUUUAACUGCAGCUGGUUCAGUGACAUCAACGGAGCGGUCAAGUUCUUCACAGUGGUGGUGACCGAGUCUGAAAACAAUGAAAACAUUCAACCAGAGCAGCACCACCCUCUACCCUCCUAUCUGGACUACAAAUCGAACAGUUCCGUUAAGGCCUACCAGACCAGCUACUUCCCCAGCCGCUGCACAGAGGGAUCAGACAGCGAGACCCAGAGCUUUGCGAUCAGCCUGGGUACGGGUAUGGACACCCUCGGGGGGGCAUGUGACCACCUACAGGCCCAGGACAGGGAGCAGGACCCAGACAAACACAGAGACCACAGAGACAACCCUUUCUGUGAUGGCCCACUCAAACCCAAAACUGCAUACAGGCUCAGUGUGCGUGCGUUCACCCAGCUCUUUGACGAGGAGCAGAGCAGAUACACCCCGCCCCUCUACACAGACACUUACCUGUCCCUCCCCCUGGUCACAGAAGCAGAGCCCCUGAGCGGUGUGAUCGAGGGCAUCAGUGCCGGCAUGUUCCUCGUUGUCAUGGUGGUGGGAGUCACCGCACUGUUCAUCUGCAGACAGAAGGUUCGCAAAGUUAGUGUGCAGGAGCGGCGGGUGGUCCGAAUGAGCAUGAGGAGAGAGAGGCCCACAUCAGGAGUGCACAUGGGCGUCAGGGGUAACCGUCGUAUUUCAAGCCCCAUCAAGAUCAUGCACUUUGAGUCCCACUACACCAAACUCCAGGCUGACUCCAAUUAUCUACUGUCUGAGGAGUACGAAGACCUGAAAGACGUAGGAAGGAACCAGCCCCUGGACACAGCCCUACUGCCAGAGAACAGAGGGAAGAACCGAUACAACAACAUCCUGCCCUACGACUUGACCCGUGUGAAGCUGUCCUAUGUGGAUGAUGAUCCGUGCUCUGACUACAUUAACGCCAGCUACAUUCCUGGGAACAACUUCCGUAGGGAGUACAUCGCCACUCAGGGCCCACUUCCUGGAACCAAAGAUGACUUCUGGAAGAUGGUGUGGGAGCAGAAUGUCAAUAACAUUGUCAUGGUGACGCAGUGUGUGGAGAAAGGCAGGGUGAAGUGUGAUCACUACUGGCCCUUUGACCAGGAACCUUUGUAUUAUGGAGACCUCAUAGUCCAGAUGCUGUCUGAGUCUGUGUUGCCAGAGUGGACUAUCCGGGAAUUCAAGAUUUGCAGCGAGGACCAGUUGAACUACUCCAGGGUGGUGCGUCAGUUUCACUACACGGUGUGGCCCGACCACGGCGUCCCAGAGACCACCCAGUCACUAAUCCAGUUCGUCAGGACCGUCAGGGACUAUAUCAACAGGACCCCUGGGUCUGGGGCCACCGUAGUUCACUGCAGUGCUGGUGUGGGCCGUACAGGGACCUUCAUAUCCCUGGACAGAGUCCUGCAGCAGCUGGACACCAAGGACACAGUAGACAUCUACGGAGCUGUCUUCGACCUGCGCCUCCACCGCUCACACAUGGUGCAGACUGAGUGCCAGUAUGCGUAUCUCCACCAGUGUAUGAAAGACGUCCUCCGAGCCAGGAAGCUUCGCAGUGAGCAGGAGAACCCCCUCUACCCCAUCUAUGAGAAUGUCAACCCUGACCCCCAAAGAGACAUCAGAUGGUGCUCUGAAGAAGCCAUGGGUAGCUGUUUAAGCUGUCCAGAGAAGGAGUCAAUCCCAGAUAAUCAUCAAACCAAAUUUAAGGUGAUAAACGUGGAUGACGAUGGGAACGAGCUGGGCUCGGGCAUGAUGGAGCUGACAGAGGUCGAGCUAGUCCUCCACACCUAUCGCCGUGACGACGUCAAGUGGCCCUACAUGUGCCUGCGUCGCUAUGGCUACGACUCCAACCUCUUUUCCUUCGAGAGUGGCCGCCGCUGCCAGACGGGACAAGGGAUCUUUGCCUUUAAGUGUGCUCGGGCGGAGGAGAUCUUCAACAUGCUGCAGGAGGUGAUGCACAACCACAGCAUCAGUGUGGUGGAGGAGGCCGUACUGGAGACCAACCAGCAGGCCACACAUACUCCUGCCGCUCUGGGCUACUCUGUUCCCACCGUGCACAAUGGUGUCACCCGGAUCCCUUCGGUGGGCGACGCCCCCUCGCACCCCUCCACACGCCACCCGUCUGUGGCCAGCACCCGACUGCCCUCGGUGGGAGAGGAGUCUACACACCCCCUCCUAGUGGCUGACGAGGCGGUGCACACUUAUGUGAACACCACAGGCCUGCUGGAUGACCAGCCCAGCCCUCUGACUGCUCCAGCCCCUCUGGACAGCCCUGGCUCAGCCCAGUCCCAAUGCCCCCCUACACCACCUCCUCCGCGGGUAGCCAGACCAGAGCCCCAGGCCCAGCUCCAGGAAGAACCCCAGGUACUGCUGGAGUCCCAGGGGGUACGCUUCGUGCUGGGGCCCACCCCUGUGCAGAAAAAGAUGGCCAAGGGGAAGCAUCAGACUGAGGAUGGAGAUGAAGAGGAGGCAGGGGAGGACUCGGAGUCCCCGGAGCCUGGAGAGGGAGAGGCCAACGGCCACACAGACACGGGGGCCCCAGCCCCACCAGAGGGCCAUCCUCAGCCGUCCUCUACACACUCCAAUGGCUCCUCUGCCUCUGUCGGGGCUCCAGCCACAGCCCCUCGCCGCCAUCUCUUACCCCCCGUCACCCCUGACACCCUGCAGAAUGUUAACAACUCAGCCCAGCGGCGCACGGCCCUCCUGGACUACGAGAACCUCCCGGCCCUGCCGCCCGUCUGGGAGACCCGCAAGCCCAGCAACGAGGAGGAGAACAACGGUGGACCCCGUGGUGAAGGAGGCCAAGGGGGGCUAAAGAUGUCCUCCCUCAACGGCUACAACCAACACAGCCUCCUCCACCAUUCCUACUCCCACCCCCUGUCGGCCCACCCCCCUCUGUCAGCCAUGGAGUCCUCCCACAACUACGUGAACACAGAGAAUGUGACUGCCCCCCUCAGCGCCCGCUGUGCCCCCGACACGGCACGCCGCCGCAGCGACGGGCCCAUCGUGUUCAACUUCGACUUCCGCCGGCCGUUGGGUCAGGAGCAUCCCAAGACGCUCAACUACAUCGAGGUGGAGAUGGAAACUACCGCCUCUUCCUCCGCAGCCUCCAAGGGUGCGUCCUCGGACACCAGCAACCCCCACACGCCCCGCACCCCAACCUCACCGCCUCUGCCCACCACCCCCACGCGCCGCACCGAGCUCUACGCCUUCAUCGACAUAGAGCGCACCGCCGCCAUGUCCAACCUGCAGAAGGCCCGGCCGCACGACGACGGGUCGUUGAGGAAAACGCGGCACAACAGCACAGAGCUUCCCACCAAAAGCACUGUCUGACUAUUACCUGAUCCGCCUGGCACCUUUUUCUACUAUUAACCCCUUUUUAAAAUAUGAAACAAAUGGGAAGGCAGCCUGUACAGGGGCCUUUGUUAUAGACGGAGAAACACGUGACGGAGACAUUGGAAAUGCAAAGAGACUCCAGAAAGCGGUCCUAAAAUGAGAUAUAAACAGACUUGUGUGGGGUUACCUGUAAGGGAAUUCAGGUAGACCAAAGUAGGUACUUACUUGCCAUAUACCAAUUUAUUCCUAUGGUAAUAUAAUACCUCUUCUCCUUCACCCGUUCUACAGUGCAUUUGGGUUGUUUAUUAUGUUAAUAAGACUGGACUGCAUUCCUCCUCACCCACGGUACAAAUCAGUAUUACUGAACAAAGCAUUCCAUUUAGCCUUUUUAUGAUUCACUACAUGCUGCUGUAAUUUCAGUAUCUGAGGAUUACAUGGUACACUUCAUGUUUGACUAUGUACAGUAGAUUCUGGCACAAUAAAUGUCUGUUCUGUUUGUAUUUA